UAUCAUCUCGUAUUUUCCACGCGCGCCUUCUCACCCCGUCUCUGUAAUUUCGGAGUCGAAACCAAGAACCAGAAGCAAUGGCUUCUGCAAAUUCGGGUCGGAUCUUCGCCUCCAUUCUCUGGCUUUUUUUCCUCUCGCUCCCGCUUUCAUCCGCCGUCGAACCCUCCAAUGAGCAUUCCUUAGUUAUUUCCGAGUCGGAUAGGUUACAAUUAUCUCAUGGCGCGCUAGUAAAAAAUUCUCCUGGCUCCAAGCCUGGCGUUUCAGUGCUGUGUGAAAGAGUUCAUAUCCGUGGACUGUCAAGGCUUAAAAAUAUUGGGAAGUUUGCCAACACGGUGAAGGUGAAGGUAUCAGGAACAAAUUCAAGCACUCAUAUACCGACCUUUGAGGUUUGUUUCCACAGAAAUACAUCUCUUGGGCUAGGGAUGUGCCCUCAAAGCCGUUGGCAGAAGGUUCCCAAGGGCUCCUGGUCAAGGUCCAUGUCACCUUUUGAGCACCAACUCUUAGAUAUACGAACAUAUGGUUCACCCUUAGAGAGCUUGGAGGUGUCCAUUGAAGAAGAAUUUGUUAAAUAUCGCGUGACGUUUUUGAUAUUGGGCAUAAUCAUGAUGAGCUUGGCGUCCCUCCUGAGCAAUUCAUUAGUAUUUUAUUACGGCAGUGGAAUGGCAAUUGGGGUGGUCCUUGUAAUAUUGAUUGUACUUUUUCAGGGGAUGAAGCUUCUUCCAACCGGUCGGAAGAAUUCUCUUGCAAUUUUUGUGUACUCAUCUGUGGUUGGUUUGGGAUCUUUUCUCCUUAGCUACCUACCUGGGUUAUUGCGUACAGUACUCAUAGAGAUUGGAAUCAGCGAAGAUAUGUAUAAUCCUUUGGCUAUAUUUCUUCUGGCUUUUCUUUUUCUGGCUGGAGCAUGGUUGGGCUUCUGGGCAGUUCACAAACUCAUCCUUACAGAAGAUGGAUCAAUCGAUAUAAUGACAUCUCAGUUUGUUAAUUGUUCCAUCAAAAUUCUGGGUGCUACUGUGAUUUUUCAGAGUUCUGUCGAUCACCUACUGGCAACAGAAGCUAUAGUAUUUGGAUUCGUCAUCUCUGCUAUACUAAAGAAAAUCUUUAGAUGGAGAUUCCUUCGUCGCGUGUGCAAGAUUAUGUCUUUCCAAUUCUGGAGCUUAGUCAUGGCCUUCCAGUAUCUGCCAACAUUUCCUUCGUCGAUAUCUACCGUGAAAUCGCUGAAAACACCCAAAAAGAACCGCCGCAGAUUGGAAAUUCCUGAUUCUCCGCCUUCUCCACCUUCAGAUGCAUGGUUAUUUCCUUCUACCUUCCACACCACACCUGAAAGGAGAAAAUACUCAAAAGAAGAGUGGGACGCAUUCACCAGAGAGACAACAACAAAUGCCUUGCAGGAACUUGCUUCUUCUCCUGAGUAUCACAGAUGGUGCUCCUCAAAUGUAGAAAGAAUCAGUGUCACUCCCCGGAGCACUAGAAAAGUUGCUGAUCAACCGCGCCACUGGUGGCUCCUUUGGUUGUGGUAAACAAGCAGCUUACAACACCUCCUUUGCGAAGUCAACAUGGGCAUGGCACAUGCAAGAAAAGGCUGCCGUAUUUCAAAGUUGAGUUGGAAGAAAAUAAAGAUGUGUUGAACGGAUCUGUAAAAUUUGUGGUCUGGACUCUAGAGAGUAGCAGGAACGGUUGCAAUGUUGUAAAAUUCAUAGUUGUGCGCAGUUGAUGUUUUUUGAGCAACCGGAAUGGAAAUUCUGAUUUCAUUUUGUUCUAAAAGGAGAUUCAGAUAGCCGGUAAAAAGAAACAGUUUCUCCCUUAAGAACGGGGUCAUGUGAACUUUGUAAGCUGUUGUUUAUGGUGGAUGUCAGGUUCCCAUUCAGUUCUACGUGAUGAAAUAGGGUGCAAGGGUCGAAUCACAAAAAAAUCUGGAAAUACAUCGAUGACUUGUAAUAGAACUUAUACUUGAUAGAAAUAUUAGUAUCAUAUAGAGUCAACGAACAAUCAAAUACCCCUUCACUUUC